AUGGUAAAAUCAAAAAAAAUUAUUAGAAAUAGCAAAUUAUUAGAAAUUCAAACAAUGAAUGAUAAAGAUUUUAAAAGAUACUAUGGAGUAUCCAAGUCUGUAUUCUUUUCCCUUUGCGAGAAAUUACCAAAGGAGAUAAAACAAAUAUGGGUUCUAUGGUUAUUUUCAUUUGCAAAGAUGGACUAUCAUUAUUUAAAACCGCUUAUAAUUUUGGGUACACUGAGAAAACUUUCUCAGAAAAAAUAUGAUUUAACUAAAAAUUCCGAUAGAAAUUUUCAUUUUGCGCUCACAGCAUUGGAUACAACCGUUUUCCCAAUUAGAACAAUGGACGAUCAAUUUUAUAGUAUAAAACACUCAAAGAGAUGCCUAAAAUACGAAGCAAUUGUAACGCUAGAUAAGGGAACAUGUUGUCACCUCACUGGCCCCCAUGUCGGCAGUGAACUUGACCUGGUGGUCUACAUAAAAGAGGUGGCUCACUUGGAUUUACUGCCAGGGGAAAAAAUCUUUGCCGACGAGGAUUUUUGUUGUAAUGAAUUUAGUAGUAAACUAAUUAGACCAAUAAAGAAAACCCAUGAAACAAUGUUGACCAAUGAAGAACAUUGUUUCAAUAAUUGGGUUUCAUCAAACGGAAUUAUUGUGAAAAAUUUUUUCAAAGAUUUAAAAAAAUUUGAGAUCCUGAAAGAUUGGAGAUCAUCAAUUGAUAAACACAUGAAAAUGGUGUAUUUUCUUACAUGGGUGGUCAAUGAAGAAAAUAAAACCCUAUAUAAAGAAUUAUAA